UCCCAGCCAAGCAUCGGCAAAACAAAAAAUAAACAAACAAAUAAAGGUGGAUGCUCUCAGCAGUUGUUGGGUUAUCCGUUUGAAUGUCCCUUGCGUGGCUCGUGUGUAAUACUAUAGUGUUUUGUUUUCAGUUCCAGUCUGACGAGGAUUGUUUCCAUUACUCUUCGAAACUGGGUUAAGACUUUUUACUUCUUUUGUCAGAAUAUCACAUACAGUAGCAGCAACUGCCAAAUUCUUAACGUGGACAUCCUACGUAUCAUAUUUGUUCUCAGUUCGUGAGGCCAUGAAGAGCAAAACGGAUCUACCUCUGGGGGACAAAAACACCCAAUGACUUGAUUAAUAGUUAAUCACGCUAACCGAUUAUCUGCCGUACCUAAGCAACGGUUAGAAGCUAAAGCUAAAGCAGCGUGUCUCUCUCUCCACACGAAAAACAACCCUCGCCUGGAAACCCAGAGAAAUGGCCACAGGAAGAGAAAGAGUCACUGCAAAACUAAGAGACAUUCCUCACUCCACUGGGACAGAGAUGAGUCGUGAGAAAGAAGAUUUGACUCACAGAGGUGACUGGUGGAAGCAGACUAUUAAGAACACCCCCAUCCCUGGUAGUUAUCACAUUCGAGAUUUUAUAGAGGAGAACGGCCUCAAUCCUGUGCGUCAGACCUAUGGCUUUAAGGGUGCUGGCCGUAAUGCACAAACUGUGUGCGUACGGAACGGGGCCAUGCUCCUGCCAGGGGCUUACGUUUUCACUGACUCAACUCAAGAAGCUCUCCAGCGCCGAGCAUCCUACGCCUUCAAGAGCUGCCCCAGACCAGACAGCUACACCCUGGGCAUCCGAGAUAAGGACGUAGAUCUCUCUCCGUGCCACUACAAUGUGACCGAGAAGCCUGUCCCCAAAUUACCUUGCAAGCACGUGAUGUUUCGUUCAGCUGUGCAGAGGCUCAGCUUCCUCCCCAAGGAAGGACCACCUCCUGGUCAUUACACACUGAAGCCCAGCUCAUCUAUUGGCAUUACGUCCUGCUUCAAGUCUACAGUGCCUCGCCUGCACAGCAUACGCUCUAGGACUCCUGGACCAGGCACAUAUGAGCCCUCAUGGCAAAGGCGCCCUCAGCUCGCCACGGAGACCAGCAUGGGUCGCACCCAUGGCCUCUACUUCCGUGAUGUAUUUUAAAACUCCACGCUCACCCGUCAGUCAUAACGCCAUCGUACGUCAUUUCUCCAACCACACAAGCAUGGAGCAUUCACAUUCACAGCAUCAUCUCUCAACUGGCAUUUGACAGAUUGCUG